AUGCAAGCAACAUCAAACAGCAACCUCUUCCAAACCUCCUAUUCCGAGGCCCUGGGGGCAUAUCGUUCUCGAAAGGCAAUUCUUACUUCUGGCAUCCCCACCUCCUCCGCUUCAUCCUCUCCCUCUUCCUCAUCCGCUGCGGAGAGGUACGGGUUUCCAAUCCACCUCAAUCCACGAUUCACCUCCGCACUCCUCUCCAAUCCAGAAGAUCUCGCCGUAGAGGCAAGUGGAGCUGAUGGAGGAAGAUAUCGCGUUCUUUCUCUCCGCGUCCAACAUGGGUUCUUAUGGAGUUCUGAAGCAGGCGGCCUAGUACGACAGCUCGACUUAGAAAGUGGUAGAACAAUCAACCUAUACAAAGGGGCGAAAGGUCCAGUACCCUCGUUCGACUUUCUCACCACCACAGCAGGGGAGAAGCUCUUGGUGGCCGGAUCAUGGGAUAAAGCGCUACGCAUCUACCGCAUCAGCAACACAACCAGGAAAGAAGCGGGGGAAGCGGUAGUAACGGUAGAAGGGGCAAUGUCGGACUUUAUCAAAGCAGUGCAUAUCUUCACCGAGGGGGAUAAGGUUUAUUUGACUACGGGAGGGAGUGAUAAAUGUAUUAUGCUAUGGGACUUGAAGCCCCUCACUACCCUCUCUUCCACUGCCGAGGGGAUAGAAGGAGAGCGUUUGAAGUGCAUCUAUCAAAGCAAGCAGCACACAAGACCAGUAAACGCAUUGACUUCGAUUCAAGGCUUGGACGGAACCACGCGCCUUUAUUCAGCUGAUUCGAUGGGGAGGGUGCUGGAACAUGUCAUCCAUCCUACUUCCUUGAGGUUGGAGGUUGUUAGAGAGAUUCAAGGGUUUUCCACUGCCGUGUAUGACUUGAAAGCUGGUUGGAGACGGCUUCUUGUCGAAGGCGAAAGUUCAGAUAAGGGUGAGAACAAAGGGGAUGCGUUUGUUAGUGAGGUGAAAGAAGACGCAGAUGGAUCGAGAUAUAAGUUGGUUGCUGAGAUUUGGGGUGCAAGUGGAGACAAGACCGCACUUGGAUUCCGACUUUCUCCCAUGCUCCAAUCAGCCUCCCAUACCGCUGCUAGAGCUAAGAGUAAAUCAGUAGGAAGCAACGCGAUCCUAGGCCGGGAAGAAUGCAUCUCUACACCACACACGAAGCUGCUUCAUAAAGAUUUCGUAAAAUCCAUCCUCCCGAUCCCAUUCUAUCUCCCCACGAACCCCUCCCUACCUCAAUUCGAACCCUUCGAAGAAGCCCUAAUCACAGGCGGAAGCGAUGAACAUGUCCGACUCUACCCCUCCGCAAACUCAGAAGAAGAAGAGGUAUACCAAGUGGAAGGACACUGGCACGAAAUCACCUCUCUCGCUUGUUGGAUUCGUCAUCCAAACCCCUCUUUUCCCACCGCACCGACCUCUGAAGCGGUCCUACCUCCAGCGAAAGAGGUCCAAGUAUGGAUCCUGUCAGCUUCGCUAGACGGCACAAUUCGACGCUGGAAUCUCCUUACCAUUGCUACCCUUCCCAAACCUCAAUUCAAGCCGGUCUUGCAAGAGGAUUGCACGCUCAAGUUUGAUUGGGAUCAAGAUUCACUGCCCCCUGUGACAAAGAGGAAUUUGAUGCCCGAUGAUGCUGUGGUGGGGACAGGCAAUGUAUUUCAGAUGACACCGGAAGAGGAAGCUGAGUUGGCUGAGUUGAUCGAUAGUGAUCACGAAUAG